ACCCUUUUUCUAUCUUCUUCGUCACAAACAGCUCCACGUCGUAGAAAUCAUUGCUUAGCCUCCCCAGAAUCUCGGAUUCCUUGUAGCAAUGGCAACUCAAGCUUCUCUCUUCACACCCACCAUCAUCUCCACCCUUAAAUCAAGCAACCAUGUGAUGGUGCCAUGGAAACAAUCCUCCUUUAUCUCAAUCCCUACCUCUGCUAAAAAAUACUCCAACCCUCAAACAACCAUCAAGGCUACUGCUGCAGAGGGAAAAACUGAGGAGGCUCCUGUGGGAUUCACACCACCAGAGUUGGACCCAAAUACCCCAUCACCAAUAUUUGGCGGCAGCACUGGUGGGUUGUUAAAGAAGGCCCAGGUGGAGGAGUUUUACGUGAUCACUUGGGAUUCACCGAAGGAACAAAUAUUUGAAAUGCUCACUGGUGGUGCAGCCAUUAUGAGGCAAGGUCCUAACUUGCUUAAGCUGGCAAGGAAAGAGCAGUGCUUGGCUCUUGGGACAAGGCUGAGGUCCAAAUACAAGAUUAAGUACCAGUUUUACAGGGUGUUUCCAAAUGGGGAAGUCCAAUAUUUGCACCCGAAGGAUGGGGUGUAUCCUGAGAAGGUGAACCCAGGGCGUCAAGGUGUUGGCCAGAAUUUCAGGUCAAUCGGAAAGAAUGCGAGUCCAAUUGAGGUGAAGUUCACUGGGAAGCAAGUUUACGAUUUGUGAGGUGAGUAAAGACUAUGUGAUUAUUUUACAUUUUAUUUUGUGUAAUUGUAUUCCUUUCUAAGGAGCAACAAGAGAAGCCAAACUUGCUACUUAAAUACUUGAACAUAUAUUUCUUUUGUAUUA